GAGGAAGCACACAAGUUGGUCGACCCGGUGGAGGCGCGUGGAGAUGGAGUUGCGGUUUCGCAGUGGAAAAACUGUUCCAGUUGCACAAGGGACAAGCGGAGUCACUUCUCGGUCCACUGGAGAGGGUUCGUCGAAAAAAAGUGCAGGAGGGUGUCGCCUGUGUUCUGUCUGUGUCUCCGUUCUCGGACUGCUUAGCUUGAACGCAGAUUUCAUGAAAGAAGAAGCGUGUAGGCGUUGAAUGUACCCCGACAGCCUGUGCGCCGUAUUAUCGUCAGAGGAUCGAUAUCCCCUGACGUGGACUCUCGCUCUACCUCCGGUGUACAUACACCUCAGGGACGUCGGUAUCUUGGCGACAUCGACCACAGAUGUGACAACUUCUCUCGUUCGUCCCUUUUUGUGCACGGCGCCCUCGUUCUCUCGCGUUCUUGACUCUCGAACAGGCCAGCACCGCUCGGUUGUGUUUUCGUGACUUCCGCCUGAUCUCCUUUUUCUCACACAACGGCUUCACUGCCACCGUUGUAAACAACACCUGUAGGUGAUUGAGAGACGCAGCAAGUUGCUCUCGCCAACUACGGCGGGAACAACUCCUCCACUCGCGGCCCUCGCGGCGGCAAGCAAGAUUCUUUCCUCACAGCGCUUUACUCGAUUUAACUUGUACGAAUGAGGACAACUAAGAAUAGAACGGUAUGCUUCUGAAGGUAACGGGUGCCGUCAAUAAAAACAUCGACCUUCCGUACCGACCCGCUUCUUUCUUUCUCUGAGCUGGGUCUGCGGGACUCUCUGCUGUCUCUGCUUCACCCUCGUGCUUUUCUCUUCUUUUUCCUCCUCUUUCGUUCUCGCUUCCCUUUGAGCGCCUCGCUGUAUCGUCACCUCCCUCUUCUCUUCUUCGCUGUCCUUCGACACACCUUGGCGACGGUUCCUUCUGGAUAACUCCCCGUAAUCUCUUUUCCUCAGGUGCGACUCUUUCUCCUCUCCUGUUCCCCCUUUCCUGUUCUCCCUGUCCUCUUUCUCCUCUCCUCUUCCCCCUCUCCUCUCUCUCUCCUCUUCUUGUCAUCUUUUGCGUCUGUCCCCUCGACGGUUGCCGACGUUCGCAGCUCCAGUCUUCCUGUGUCUCUGCAAUGCCUUCUUGGCAUGCCGUUCUGUCGCCUCUCUCGUCUGCCAGUUUUCUUUCGUUCGACGCUUUCUGCGGACUUUCCUCUCGGCUUCCGUCUGCUGUUCCAGGAUUUCCCCUCUUCUUGAUUCUCUCCCUCUCUGCUGCUUCUCCGCCCUGCCGCUGCUUCUCCACGAUGUAUGCCGGCAUUGGUGACCCCUCCGGGGGAUUUGGAGCUCCGGCGUAUGAGAAGUACCCCCGUGGCGAGGAAACGAAGACCUAUCGGCUCGUCAAUGGAAAGUUCCUGCCCCGCUACGUGAGUCAGCCAGUGCGACUCCUCGGCUUCCUCAAAAGCCUUGAAGAAUCCGGAUCUCGUCUUGUCUUCACAACCACCGAUGGAGUGACCGUGUCCUGCGCCUUGGCGUCCCCCUCUUCGGAGGAUGCAGCGACCAUGGACAAAGUUUUGGCCGUGUGCGGAAUUGUCUCUGCUGCGUCUCCUCCGCUGCUCACAGACGCAUUCUUCACCCCUCUGGGAAACGAGCUGAACUCAGAGCAGGCCGACGAGGUCGUCGCCCUGGCGCACCACGACUUCUUCUCUCCGUUCUACUCUGCCGCCACCGACGCCCCCGCUGGGCAUCCGCACUGAUUCGGCUUAUAUUCGGGCAGAUGGGGUCGAGCGUGGCAGCACCGUCGAAAAGGCCGCAGAGGCUUCGUGACAGCGCAGAAGUUCCAGAAAACGCAAACGAGUACAAGGAAGCAGAGGAGAGAACAUGGGGCUGAAGACUGCAGAAGAACGAAAAAAGCCUUUUAGUGGGUUCCGCUGAGUCGCGUUUGCAGAAGCGACAGUUUUUCUUGAACUGCGUAGACAAGGUAAUAUUACCUGUACCAGUAUUGAUUCUGCCUUCUGCGCUUGUAGCUCAAUCUUCGGAUAAAUAUGUAUAUGUAUAUAUACAAGUAAAUGAAUCUGUGCUAUGAUGUUCCGGAACUCUUUCUCUUCGUUCUUGUUGAGUUCUGGAUGAAGAGGAGCCCCAUCUGCUGACUAUCGAGAAAAGAGAGAAAACAAGAAAUUUGAGACACGCGCCAACGGGAAGAGAGCCGGGAGGGUCUCCGAGCCCGUUUUUCUGCGUUUUAUGUCACACAACUAACCUGGUCGUGAGUCCUCCACAACGCACAAACCGCCUGACUCUCUGCGCCAUUGUCUGUCUGGUUUUUCUCCACCUUUCUGUCCCUCGUGUCUUUCCUUUUCCCCUGUCUCUCUAGUUCCACGGACAGACUUGUCUCGAAGAGAAACAUGCCUCUGUGGUAACCCACAGAUUUACAAGUCAAUAGGUACACACACAUCCAUAUAUGUGUAUACGUGUCAGGAUGCACGUGUCGUCACAAGUAACUUAUUCCUCGAAUUCUGUCCCCUUUCAUAUAUAUAUAUAUAUAUAUAUAUGGAUUCUGGGAGACGGGGGAAGACCACGCAAGUCUCCGAAUUAGAAGCGUUUUCCUCCAAGGAAAUUUCUUGCGGGUGGUUCGAGCUUCGGAUGUACGAGAGAAAGACCUCAGUCCACGCGUCGUCCUCUCCUCUCGGAGACUGUAUUUGAACAGCGGUGACCACGAAACUCCCGUAUGGAGUGUCAUUGCA